AUGUUCUCGCUCACACCAUCGUCUCUCACGCCGCUGAACACCGCGGAGGAGCAGCAGGCGCAGCACGAGCAGGCGGGAAACAACUCGCUUUCGUCGACUGGAUCGCCGAGCAAAAAGAAAAAGAACAAGAAGAGGAAGAAGAAGGUUGCGUCCGGGGAUGCGGGAGGCGCAGUCAAGGACGUCAAGGGGGACGGCGGGCUCGCAACAAAGGGCAGCCAUGGCGAGAGCAACCUCCUGCAUGGAGACGACAAAAAGGUGGCGGACACGAAGUUCAAGUCCACUAUCAAGGCGCUCGGGGACGAUCUGGAGUGUAUCUGCGACCUGAGACGGUGCAACAUCACGGACGAGCGCGUGCAGAAGCUGUGUUCGGUGCUUGAGAGCGCGACCAACCUCAUCACCAUCGACUUGGUCGACAACGUCAUCUCCGACUCCGGCCUCUCCCACCUCGCCGGUGCACUGGGAUCGGGCGCUGCGCCAGAGGUGCUGGACAUCAAGCUGUGGGGAAACCCGCUGGGCGAGAACGCAGCGAACGUCGUGGAAGGGCUGCGGAAGCUCCGCCCGGGCGUCACGAUCUACAUAGCCGAGCCAGGGGAGGCCGCGCCGACGAGUCCGAAGGGCAAGGGCAAGCGGCACAGCUCGAGUGGCACGGGCGGGCCGGGGAGCCCGAAGCGCAAGUCCGGCGACGGGUCCGCCGAGAAGGCCGUCGUGCCCGCCGCGGAGAAGACCGCGUCCGGGACCGCCCCCGGGCCGUCGAGCGACUCGCCCAACUCGGCGCUGUUCAACCGCAUGUUUUCGCGCGGGAACGACGACACGGACGACAGCGGCGACGCCAGCGACGUGAUGGACGAGUCCGCGCGCGACCUGGACCCGGACCAGAUCUGGGCGGACGUGGCCAGCGCGCUCAAGGCCCAGGACCGGCCCGCGCUGUGUCAGUCGCUGGGGCUGGCCGCCGCGGCGGUGGAGUCGGAGAUGGACACGUGCGGGCUGCCGCUGCAGGAGGACACCAAGGAGGAGGACCUGCGGCCGCACACGGCGCACGCGCUCGCCAAGCUGCGCGUGCUGUGCGAGGUCCUUGGCAUCGACGGUAUGGCCUUCGACGCCACGGGGAGGCCCGCGGACGCCCCGCCGCUGGUUGGCGCGGGCGCGCACCGCGUCGCGGUGUGCAAGGUCGUCUCGCAGCUGAUGCGCGCGAAGGCGCGGUGCGUGACGGACCAGGUGCGCGCGACGGGCAUCGUGACGCGCAUGGCGGCACUGGGUCUCGAGCACUCGCGCAGCUCGCUGGUGCAGAGCCAGGUGGUGCACUGCCUGGAGGUGUUCCUCGAGGUGGGGCCGAAGGAGGCUCUCGAGGACCUGGUCGCGGAGGACAGCGACAUGCAGCGGCGGAGGGCGUCGGCGCAGCUGCACGACACCCUGCACGGGCUGGCCGCGAAGAGGCUGGAGGGCCUCGAGGGGAAGAAGCCCGGGCUGCGCCCCCCGGAGGCAGGCUUCUGCCUCGCAGUGAUCCGACGGCUGCGGGACGCGGCCGCGGCUCCCAAGGAUGGGGAGGGGUCCACGUGUCCGUUCCGCGAGGACCUCGCAGCGAUGCUGCGUGCUUCGGAGUCGUGGGAGGCGGCCCUCGCGGACGGCAGCGGCGUCGUGGCCAUGUUGCAGGAGCAGGACCAGGAGCUGGCGGCACGCCCCCCAGAGCGGCCGACCGUGGGGGACUCGAUCGAAGGCCUCUGCUUGCAACCACAGGAGCUCUUACACUUUUUGCAAAUGGGGAUGUUGUCGAUGUAG